UGACACUUGCGGCCUUUCAAUCAACUCCCCAUCGCUUGCAGUUCACUACAGUGCCAAAAGGUCUUUCAUUUGUCCCGUUAGAGAGUAGGAGACUGAGGCGGCGAAGCAUGGAGAACUACCCCCUUCUCGGGAAGCCGGUGGCCAUGGACGGUGUGCUGGACUACAGAGGCCGUACGAUCACCAAACAGGAUUCGGGCCGGUGGGUUGCCGCCUCCUUCAUUCUAGUGAUGGAGAUGGCGGAGAGGGUGGCUUUCAACGGCAUCAUGUUCAACCUCAUAACCUACAUGACGGGCCCUCUCGGCGAGUCUAAUGCCUCCGCCGCCGCCGCUGUUACCGUUUGGAGUGGCGCCUCAAUGAUGCUUCCCAUCCUCGGCGCUCUGGUAUCUGACUCUUUCCUCUCCCGUUACCGCACCAUCAUCGUUUCCGCCAUCCUGUACGUCUUGGGUCUUGGCCUGCUUUCGCUCUCUGCUGUGUUGCCAAAUCGCUCCAACUGCUACAGUGAAGGGGAGGAGACCAUGAGCUAUGCUGCUUGCCCUCCGACUACUCUCAGAGUGACGCUUUUUUAUUUUUCUCUUUAUCUUGUGGCGUUUGCACAGGGCGGCCAUAGGCCCUGUUCUCAAGCUUUUGGCGCAGACCAGUUCGAUGAGACUGACAGUGAGGAGAGUAUGUGGAGGAGUUCAUUCUUCAAUUGGUGGAUCUUUGGAUUGAGUCUCCCAAUGAUAGUUUCUCCCAUCAUCCUCAGCUAUGUACAGGAAAACGUAAAUUGGGGCAUUGGUUUUGGAAUCCCGUGUGUUCUUAUGAGUGCUUCUUUUACCGUUUUCUUGAUGGGUUCCAGGUUCUACCGCUGCUAUACCCUAAAAGAGAAGAGCUCCUAUGCUCAAAUUAGUCAGUUGCUUGCCACUUUGGUGAGGAUUCAGAGGUUUUCUUCGGUCAAAUUUAAAGCAAAAGCACAAGAUGAGCACGGCCCUGAGUCAUCCCAUCAACCCAGACUUGAGGCUAGUGAAGAAAAUCUAAAUACCGACCAGAUAGAAGAAGCUAAAGGUCUACUUCGAUUGUUUCCAAUUUGGGCAAGCUGCGUAGGUUACACACUUGUCUUAGCCCAGUUCGAAACUUUCUUUACAAAACAAGGUGGCACUCUGUACAGGAAAAUAGGAUCAAAUUUCCAAAUUCCAGCAGCAGGGCUUCAGGGCCUCAAUAGUGCCGUUGUUACUUUUACUAUAGUUAUCUACGAUCGCAUCGCUGUUCCUCUAGCAAGAAAUGUUACAGGAAUUCCUUCAGGCUUCACGAUGCUUCAACGCAUAGGCACAGGAUUGCUGAUUUCAAUAUUUGUGAUGGUUAUAUCAGCUCUGGUUGAGAUAAAAAGGCUUGAAACUGCAAGAGAAUUUGGUUUAGUAGACGAGCCAAACUCAGUACUGCCUAUGAGUAUAUUGUGGCUGUUUCCUCAGUACAUUCUCAUGGGCAUUGCAACGGCCAUUAGCAUUGGUGGCCUGCAAGAGUUCUUCUAUGAUCAAAUGCCUGAUGCGCUGAGGAGCUUGGGGGUUGCUCUCUGCAUCAGCAUAUUUGGUGUCGGGAAUCUCAUUAAUAGCUUCCUUGUUUACGUGACUGAUAAAGCGACAAUGAGCAUUACUGGCGAGAGCUGGUUCUCCAAUAAUUUAAACCGAGCUCAUCUGGAUUAUUUCUACUGGCUUGUUGCCGGUCUAAAUGUUUGUUUGUUCGUCCUUUUCAUUCUCUCUGCGCGAUCUUAUGUGUAUAAGAAAAAGAAAGAGAUUUGUGUGAUUUAAAGGAGGAAGGUCUUAAAUGAAUUAUUUGCUGCAAUUUUGAAGUGUACAAUUUCUUCGAA